AUGGGCACCUCAAGCCCUGCUACAGCCUUUGGGGCCCUGCUGAUUGUAAUUGCGCGGGUUUGCAAUGCGCUGCCCUCGGUCCCCAUUGCGACUGAUCCCAUCUUGAGCACUGCCACAGUCUCGACGGUGGUGCCUUCUCUGGUCACCAUCUACUCUGUUGUGCCAGCCACCGGCGCCUCUGAUGCCGUACAAACAAUUACGACCACAGUAAAUGGUCAAGAGACUGUUCUGACAACUUCUGACGGUGCUGUCGCCGGCUCAGUGACCAGCACGAUCAUCUCAACCAUCUUUCUGACAACAGAUCAAGUCAUCGUUAACACUGUCGGAUUUUCAACAAUUUUGGGGCCAGACCCGUCAGUUGCAACCACCGGUCCUGCUGCCACGACUGCUCCCACGACUGCCGAAACUGCAUCGGUCACUACUCCAGCGACAACGAUUCUCACCCCCGAGGAAUCGUCGAGCACUUCGUUUGCCGCCGUCGUGGCCUCAAGUGCUAGCGCGACUACCACCGAAGGUGAAGGCUCAACGUUCAUUCCAUCCCCAACCAUAGCCGCAUCCACAACGACGCCUGAAUCCAGUGCCAGUGCAUCGUCGUCGGAUUCUUUAUCGUCAUCAUUGCCGUCAGCCUCCCAGGGACAGGGGCUGUCCACGGGUGUAAAGGCUGGUAUCGGCGUGGGAGUAGCCAUCGCCGUGAUCAUUCUGGUCCUCUUGUCCUUCUUCCUCGGUCAGCGCUACUCACGUCGUCGCAAUAUCACGGCGAACAAAACCUACGACGAUUUCAACUCUCCUGGCGGUGAAGACAAGGACGUUUUUCAGGCCGGCCGCCCUUACGAGCAUACGAAAUCACAACACUCCUCCCGAGGAGAAUCGACCGGCAAGGACCACACGUAUUCGGAGAUGGCUACAGAAGUGGAUUCAGAGUUCAGCGGCGCGUCCCAUGAAGCCAUGGAUGCAUAUUCACCCACCCACCAGGCCGAAGCUAGAGAAAUCUCGGCUCUUCCACAAGUGAGGGAAGAUGAGCCAAUGUACGUCGGGGUGCCCUCGCAUAUGUCAGGCUCGAAACGUUGGAGCAUGAAAGAGUAUGAACGGUGA